CUCUUCAUCAGCAGAACCAUGUCAUCAUGGCUCGCAGACAUCGCCGGAUCGCAUAGAGUGCAGCUCGGCGUGACUGCUGUCGUCUCCGGAGCACUUGCCGCCACCGCAGUGAUCGGUCUGCAAGAAGCGAGGAGACGCUAUGAUGUGCAUGAUCUGAAGGAUACGAUUCCUGAUUUGCAGUCGCCGCAUGAGAUUGGCAGAAUUAACAAUAUCGGUGGCGCAGAGCCCGAAAAUAGCCAGCAAAGCAGAGACGAUGAAAGAAGUGCUGCAUUGGCCCGUCGAGCAAGACUGGGAGACUACGAUGACAACCUGAUCCUCGAACAACUCGCCCGUAAUCGUGUCUUCCUAACAGACGAUGGCCUCAAGAAACUUCGCAACGCUUUCGUUAUUGUGGUUGGAUGCGGUGGCGUAGGUUCCCACGCAGCAGCAGCUCUUGCUCGUUCCGGCUGCGGCAAGCUACGACUGAUCGACUUCGACCAAGUGACACUGAGCUCACUCAACCGCCACGCCGUAGCAACUCUCGCCGACGUAGGAACCCCCAAAGUCAAAUGCCUCCAGCGACGUCUCGAACAAAUCGUCCCCUGGACCAACUUCGACUGCCGCAACGAACUCUUCAGCGAAGCAGUAGCAGAAAAGCAACUCUCACCCUGGGAACAAGACGGCCAAACCCCAACCUUUGUCAUCGACGCAAUCGACAACAUCGACUCAAAAGUCGCCCUGCUAUACUACUGCAAAACCCACAACCUCCCCGUCAUAUCCUCCAUGGGCGCAGGCUGCAAAUCCGAUCCCACUCGAGUUUUCAUCGGCGAUAUCUCCGCAUCGACAGACGACGCUUUAGCAGGUAGUACGCGCCGCAAACUCCGCAAACGAGGCGUGAAAGAUGGAAUUCCAGUAGUGUUUUCCUCCGAAAAGACAGGACCCGGAAAAGCUCAACUGCUCCCUCUCCCGGAAGAAGAAUUCCAAAAAGGUUCCGUGGGAGAACUCGGUGUGCUUCCCGACUUCCGCGUUCGAAUUCUACCUGUCCUCGGCACAAUGCCCGCAGUCUUUGGCCUCUGUGUUGCCAAUCAUGUCAUGUUGGAAAUUUCAGGUUAUCCGCAUGAUUAUCUACCGAACAAGCUCCGAGAGAAAAUGUACGAAGGCAUUCUAGGUCAGGUUCAAGGUUUUGAGGAGAAAAUCGCAAGGCAUCAGGGUUUGGAUCCUGUGGGUUUGCGAUUGCCCAUUACUGCGGACGAUGUGGGAUAUCUUGUGGAAGAAGUUUAUCAUGGACGAAGUGCGAUUACUGGACUUGCCGCACGAUUAGCAUUGGUGAGAUGGAGGAGGCCGGAGGGAGAUUGGAUUGACACGAAAACUGCAGGCCAGAAAGCAGAUAUCCUGAAAUUGGAAGAUCUGGUAUGUAUGACCAAAGAUGAGAUGGUGAGGCACGAACAAUUGGUGAUGAAAGAAGGUAAGGCGCCGGAGGAAGUGUAUGAUCAGGAAGUGGUGGAGCGGGUGAAUAGACGCCUAGAAGAGGAGCGGAAGAUUCAGCAUCAGCGAUAGAGAGAACGCCAAUGAGGUUCAGGCGAUCAGAAAGCGAUCUAUAUGUACAAAAAUCUGCAUUCAUUGUACUCACUCGGAUCUAUCUACAUGCUAGAAACGC